AUGAUGUCGUAUGCGAGCUCUCAAUGCUUCGCUGGAGAGGUUAUUUUCAACCACUACGCUGAUUACCCUACACAUCCAUCCGGCGUUUCCUACUUAGAGAGACCGUUGUCCGAGAACGCCCCGCUCUUUGAUGAAGAGUCGGGACGACAGAGUCAUUAUCACACUUACUCGAUGGAUCCCCAUCCCCAUACUUCGAUUUACACAGCCCAUGGCUGUUUUACGCAGGCCAGCACAGUCUUUCAACAGAGAGAUUUUCAGGACUAUCAUGAAUGGCCAGAGUACCCCCUUAGUACGCACUACGACCCCCGGAGCUCCGAACAUCGCCGUCCUACAUCAAGAUACACCUCAGGGCUUUCGUCUUUGCCUUCCUCAAAGGUUGUUGACUCCCGUGCUCCUGCGCAGGACCACCACUCUGGGAACUCGGCGUUUCAGCUCACAUCAAGUGCGCCCAUAUACCUUCCUGGAAGUGGCCAGCGUCCCUCGCUCGCGGGGUCGCUUGACCCUGCUACAGGAAUAUUUUAUCGCACACCGGAGCAUCCGCGCUUACGGACAGCACAGGCAUGUGAAAAAUGUAGAACUAGGAAGGCAAAGUGCAGUGGUGAACACCCGGCAUGCAAAAGAUGCCUGACUAGAGGACUUGUCUGUCAGUACGCAAAAGAGGGUCGAGUUCGUGGUCCAAAUAAGCCGAAAACGAAACUAACCUCCUCGCCGGUGACCGCUGAGAGUAGUCCCACAAGCUUAGAAGCCCCUUUGGUCCCAAUCGCACUCCAGAAUAAAACCGUCUCAAAAGAACAAUCUCUAUCGCUUGGCCAUUCUGGGUCUCCACCGACCAGCUUCUUAAUAACUGCACACGGUACAGGCCUCACCUCCACAACGCCACCCCUAAGUCCAGAAAGCACACUCGGUAUGCAUAUGCAUUCCUUACCUUCCCCAGCCAUGCCUAUCGCUCUCGACCAUUGCCUGAAAUACCAUCGCUUUUGUCACUCGUUGUCCACGACAGACGGACAAUUGUCGGAUAAUGGACUUCAAGCCUUCGAACUGCAGUCCGUGUCCGGUAAUGUGCCUUUUCAGCGUGGCAGCCAUCCUUCCAACGAUAUGGUUCCGUCUUCCGAAUACUCUCACAUGUCUCAACCCUUUGGACUGCAAGAAACGGUCCCCGUUGACUCGAGAGGAGGACCCAUACCCCAACAUCCUCCUCACGACACCCGAUAUCAAGGCUUUCAAAAUCUCAUGUGUGAGACGACCUCUUCAUCACUUGCAUCUCCAGGAUUUAAUCACACAAGUUCUCCCGCCGCAAGGGAAUCUGACGGUCCCCCGAGAAUCUUCAGUCGCCUGGGCUCAAAUGUUGGCAAUAGCUAUGGCGGCGAAGUAGUAAGACUGCCCCAUUACGAGGAAUCGUCGCAAAACAGCAUUGACCCAAGUCGAAUGCAACAUCAAGCUUCGACCACCGAAGGACUAUACCGAGGCUUCUUCAGUAGUUAG